AUGCUCGCGCUUUCCCGCCGCCCGCCGCCACCGCGCGCCCCGGCGCCGCUCGGAGCUCCCAUUGGCGGGCGUCGGCGGCGCGCGCCGGGAUUGGCUGAAGCGGCAACGGUCGCCCCGCCCCUUCCGGCGGGCGGAGUCACCGCCUUCCGGGCCGGGAGAGCUGGUGGCGGGGACUGUGGGCCGCGGGCGGGGAGGCCGAGGGGCGGCGCGGGGCCGUGUGGCGCUGGCCGCGGGCGGACAUCCCCGCUCCCUCGCGGGGGCCGUCUGCUCGGCGACAGCCCGGCGGCGUCCCGCGGCGGGGGGCGGGGCCGUGCGCACACCGGCGGCUCGACAGUGCCGGGAAGGCCGUGUCGCCGCCGCCGUUCCAGUGCUGGGACCGAUCGUCAGGGGCGACGUGGGCCGACUCCCGGGAGAGGGGAGGCGGCGGCCGUGCCGCCCCUCGGGCCCGACUGCUCCGAUGGGGGUCACCGUCACGUCGGGAGGCGCUGGCUCCUAGGGGCUGUUACUAUUUUAGGGGCGCCCGGGCCGCCUGGGCGUGUUUCAGACAGCAGACCGUGCUCUCCCUUUACUCGUGGCUUCCCCUUAUUGCAACCUGGCCGUGACUGUGCUGAUGAAGGCAAAAUGCCCUGGGGGCAUAGAACAUGCUGGAAGGAAUCUGGGCCCCUGAGUGACCCCGUGGAGCAUGGCUGCCAUCCCCCGGACUAACCAUGUUGGGAC